AGUCUACAACUAACAAUAGCUUCAUCAUGAACUCCUUCUCUCUACUCUUUGUUGUCAUCAGCAGCCUCGUCGCUGUUUCUCAAGCCAGACUUGUUCUAAAUGGAAAAGUUGCGGGCAACGCAAAAUUGGAUGAUCCUAUCCAACUCGAAAUAUUGGGAAUGCCGGUCAAUUUGGACGGCAGUGCCAAAGCAUCUGCCCAAGGAAGCGCUUUAGUAGGAAGACGCCAUCAUCUGAGCAAAAAGAAUACCGCUAAAAAAGUCGUUCUCCAAGACAGUCUCGAAGAGGAACCAGUCGAAUUGGAAGUUGUGGAAGUCGCUCCUGCCAAUUCAGAAGAAGAAGGCGCCAUUAUCAUGCGUAAAUCACGUUUCAAUGGAGAAAAAUCUAACGGAAAACUCGUAAUCAAAGGAAACGCCGGUGCUGGUGCUGAAUUAGUCGAACCCAUCGACGUAGAAAUCUUGGGAUUGCCCGUCAGUCUUACCGGAGGAGCCAACGGAGACGUGCACGGAGAAGCUUUUAUCGGCAGAGGACUGUCUCUCAACGGCCAGGGUCAAGUAGAUGCAGCUUUGUCUUCUGAAGAAAUCAGGAUCGAAGAUUUGCCAAUCGUCCUCAGCGGCUCCGCCAGCGCCCAAGGCAAAGGUAAUGCUUACAUUGGUAAGCACGGCCACAAGAGAUACUACUACGUCUACUAGAGAGCAUGGUGAAUUUAUGUUAGUUGAAAGCGAAUUAAUAAAUUGUUGAUAUGCAUU